AUGGAUUUUGUCCACAGCAGUGGUGUGCUGGUUAUACAGCACCUCCAGAACAACUACAGGGAACACCACGACUUCCUCAACUUUAUGUCAACUGUGGGAGACCCUCGUAAUAUUUUCUCUGUUUAUUUCCCCCUCUGGUUCCAUCUCAGUCAUAACGUGGGCAAAAAGAUGAUCUGGGUGGCUGUUUUUGGAGACUGGCUCAAUCUCAUUUUCAAAUGGAUUCUGUUUGGGCAGCGACCUUACUGGUGGGUGCAGGAAACUCCCUUCUACCACAAUGACUCAUUCCCACUUUUGGAGCAAUUUCACAACACAUGUGAAACGGGGCCAGGAAGUCCAUCUGGUCACGCCAUGGGCUCAUCAUGUGUGUGGUAUGUGAUGAUCACCUCUGCUCUCAACUUCACCAAGACUUCCUCCUCCACUCUCACUUCUGUGCAGAGUUUCCAAAGGUGGGCCGGUUUGUUUCGUCUUCUGAAGUCUUGCCUGUGGAUGGCUUUUUGGGUCAUUCAGAUAAGUGUCUGCGUCUCCAGGGUUUUUAUUGCGACACAUUUCCCACAUCAGGUUGUCCUUGGUCUUUUAGCUGGUAUGCUGGUUGCCGAGGCGUUCGAUCACAUCCCCUCAGUCUACAAUGCAAGCUUGAAAGUGUACCUCCAGACCAACGUGUUUCUUUUCUCUUUUGCCGUUUGCUUUUAUCUGAUCUUCAAAUCAACCGAUAUUGAUCUUCUGUGGUCAGUUGCUAAAGCCAAGAAGUGGUGCGCUAACCCAGAUUGGAUCCAUCUCGACACCACACCUUUUGCCGGUCUGGUGAGAAACCUGGGAGCCUUGUUUGGUCUAGGCCUGGCGGUGAACUCUCGCAUGUUCAUUCAGAGCUGCAAGGGGAAGAACGGCUACAAAGCCAGAUUCAAACUCAUGUGCGUGGCAGCAACUCUCACAUCUCUGCAACUGUAUGACUUAAUUAAAAUUCCCACUCACUCUGAGGUUCUGUUUUACGUUUUAUCAUUCUGUAAGAGCGCUUCAGUUCCUCUCGGUGUGGUGGCUGUUAUCCCGUACUGUGUUCAUCUGCUGAUCGGAGAUGAGGACAGGAAGCUUGCUUAGAUUGUGGAGGAAGUGUGAAGUUUUGUAACAAUCCUAUGUUAGACUUUUAAUUUAGGAUAUCAGAUGGGUUAUGUCCUGUCCCACCACCCGUCACAGACAGUCACCUAAGCACUGAAACUGCAAUAUACAAAGUUACACUACGAAUUGGUUAGAAGUAAAUCCGUUUUUUAUGUGGUCUAACUUUAUGACUUGGAGCCUAUCUGAGUUUUUG